AUGGCUCCCGCCACCGCUCCGGCCGCGGACCGUGUCUCGGCCGCCAGCCAGCAGGAGUCCUCUGCCAACAACGAGCAUGAGAACCCCAACACCCGUUCGGAUACGCUGUCCAUCCAUUCAGGGAAUUCCGACUCGCAGGGGUCGCGAGGAAAUGAAAAGAACGGCGUGUGCACCGGGAUAGUAGCCGGCGCCGACCAUGAUGACGCCGUCGUCGCCGUCGACCCCCAGAACACAGCGGAACUCGGCAUGUCCAGGGUGCAGUCGCGAGCGUCGUCCACCUGCGCAAGACACGCCGUCAUCAUCCCGCGCGCGGAGCGCCGUGGUCUUUUCAGCCGCUUCACAAUCCUGCCCGAGGUCGAGAACCCGUACGACUACAAGAGGGCCACGAAAUGGGGCAUCACCGCCACCAUUGCCGUCGCCACCGCCGCCGCGCCGCUGGGGUCCUCCAUCUUUUACCCCGCCCUCAACACCAUCUCUGAACAGUUCCACACCACCUCCACCAUCACCAACCUCGCCGUCGCCAUGUACAUGGUCGCCAUGUCCAUCUUCCCGCUCUGGUGGUCCGCCUUUUCCGAGCAGUUUGGCCGCCGCACCAUCUACCUCGUCUCCUUCUCCCUCUUCGUCCUCUUCUCCGUGGCCAGCGCCCUCAGCGUCAACAUCGCCAUGCUCAUCGUCAUGCGCGUCGGCGUCGGCGGCGCGUCGGCGAGCGUCCAGGCGGUCGGCGCCGGCACCAUCGCGGACAUCUGGGAGCCGCGCGAGCGAGGCCUGGCGAUGAGCAUGUUCUACCUGGGCCCGCUGCUGGGUCCGCUGCUGGCGCCCAUCGUCGGCGGCGCGCUGGCGCAGGCGUUCGGGUGGACGUCGACCAUGUGGUUCCUGGCCAUCUACGGGGGCGUCAUCGUGGUGGUGCUGACGCUGCUGCUGCCCGAGACGCUGCCGCGGGAGGUAGUGCCGUCGCCGGGGGCUGGUGGCACGGGGGCGCCGCUGACACGCCUGUCAACGAGGGAGUCGGCCAAGGUGCACACGCGGCGCCUCGCCGCCGGCGUCUACAAGUUCAUCGUCGCGCCGCUCAAGGUACUCCUGUUCCUGCGCUUCCCGCCCGUCCUCAUCACCGUCGUGCUCGCCGCCUUUGCCUUUGGCAGCCUGUUCGUCAUGAACAUCACCGUGCAGCAGCAGUUCGCCCGCCCACCCUACUCGUACCCGCAGCUGACCGUCGGCCUGCUGUACAUCCCCUCCGGCCUGGGCUACAUUGUCGGAUCGCUGGUCGGCGGCCGCUGGCUGGACUACAUCAUGGCGCGCGAGGCGGUGAGGGCGAAGAGGUAUGAUGAUGGGGGGAAGCUGGUGUACCUGCCGGAGGACCGGCUGCGCGAGAACGCGUGGAUCGCGGUGACGGCGUAUCCGUGCGGGCUGCUGCUGUUUGGGUGGACGAUCAACUACGGCGUCAUGUGGCUGGCUCCGGCUGCCGGUGCCUUUAUUUUUGGCAUCACCUCCAUGCUUGUCUUUUCCGCGGCGACCACGAUGCUCACGGAAUUCAUCCGCAAAAAGAGCUCGGCCGGUGUUGCCGUCAACAACUUCGUCCGUAACCUCCUCAGCUGCAUCGGAACGGUCGUCGCCGCGCCCUGGCUCGACGCCAUCGGCCCUGGUUGGGUGUUUACCGCGACGGCGCUCUUCUGCUUGGCCGUUAGCUACGUCUGCGUCUUCCUCCUCCAGCGGAAUGCUCCAAAGUGGCGAAAGGUCAUGGAAAAGGCACUCGCUGAGAUGACAUGA